UUCGGUUUACACUGGUUUAUACUCGGUAAACUGUCAUUUUCAUCUUCCAUCCCGCCUCUUGUUGCGCUCAGUCAGUCUGAUAUCGCGAAUACUGUUACGACGCUUGAACCUUAAGUGUUAUUAAAUACGAAUAUUAUAAAAUUGUUGAUUGUUGUUAUUUUUGAGUGAAAAUGGGCGAUAUUCAAGCCGGUUUAAACACAAAUGUAUUCCUUGUGGCAGGAAUUACUGUAUUUUUAUGUAUACUGAUACAUUUUGUUUACAAAACCUUCUUUGGAAGUAAAAAAAAGGAGAUAUUCAAAGAUGAAGCGGAGAACAAUUUGGGCGCUCCGGCGGAAGAAGUUGUAUCUGAAACGAAAUCGCCACAAAAUCGCGUCAGUGGUAAAAGUAAAAAACGAGCACCAUGGAAAGGCAAGACAGAAUUCAGUCACCCCUGGCACCUUAAGAAUCUCAAAGGCCAUCCAGGCACAGUGUUAAUGGCAGAUUUUUCCGCCAACGGCAAAUUUAUGGCCGCCACCUGUGAUGAUGGUUCUGUGAUUCUAUGGGAUAUCCGGGAUCUGAAUCAAAAGGAACACAAGACGUUGCGUGUGAACAUCGAGUUUGACCACGCGUCCCAUGUUGCAUGGAGUCCUGACUCUAAGGCGUUCAUCAUUCACACCGUACGGGAGAACAACAUUGUCGUCUACAAGAUAGAGAAGAAAAAGGAUGGCACCAUAGGAUCCGCUAAUCCGGUCAUCACAUUUGACAAGGUGCAUACAGACGAUGUCAUCGGUUUCGGCAUAUCGAGCAACGGGAAGUUCAUGAUGUCUUGCUCAUCGAAGACUGACAUGGUUAUAUGGGAUCUUAAAGGGCAACAGCUAGAGAAACUUGAUACAUACUUAAUGAAUACUUACACCGCCAAAAUAUCGCCAUGUGGACGUUUCGUUGUGGCUACUGGUUUUGCACCCGACGUGAAACUAAUGGAAGUGUGUUUUACAAAAUCGGGCGAAUUCAAACAGGUGACGAAGGCUUUCGAAUUGACCGGACACACGUCGGGUAUAUAUGACGUGGCAUUCGAUGUGGACACCUCGCAUAUCGCCACUAUAUCUAAGGACGGCACGUGGAAGCUAUACCACACAAAGAUCGACUAUGUUCGCGGCGAGUCGCCCCACGUGCUCGAAACCGGCAAGUACACACAGAGCGCGAAUGCACCUCACAUAGCGCUGUCGCCCAAUGCUGAGGUGCUUGCUGUGUCAGUGGAUUCUUCCGUUGAAUUCUAUGACACGUACACCGGGGAACUAUACGACACGGUGGAGAAUUUGUACUCAGGUUUAAUUACGUACAUGAAGUUCGAUGCCAGUGGAAAAUUCUUGUUCGUGUGUGGCGAUCGCGCUGUCAGAAUUCUCCACAACGUGUGCGGCUACCAUACCACAAUAGCUAGCUGUACACGUCUUCUUGGCUCCAAGCAAACCUCGGCGACAGUGGAACGCCUCAACAAAACCAUACAAGACUGCAAAGAGACGUUGGCCAAAUUUGGCAAGUAAUUGCAGCCAAAUGUCCAAUUAUCUCGUCAUUUGCAUUUAUUUUCGUAUGUAGUUGAUUAGAUACUAUUUUUAUACGUUUAGUUAGGUCUUUACAACAAAAUGUAUUAUUUUUGCAUCACAAAUUAUUCGUAAGUGUAUGUUGAUUAAAGUGGUAAUUUUUUUAAUGAAUAAGAAUAUUUUCCCAUGCACUAUUAGUCUAGACUAACAUCGAGGGAUGAUAAGUUGUAAUAGACUCAGUUCAGCUGUCCUAUCAUUCACAAAAACCAACGCAGAUGUCCAGACGGGAGGUCGACUUUUGCGAGAAUAUUACUUACAAUGCCCCCCCCCCCAAACAAUAGGUUAACUCGUUAACCAGAGGAGAAAAGUUACAAAUGGAGUAUGUACCUAUAUAGUGACAAUCUUGCAAAUAUUACAGGAAGCUGAUGUACAUAUAUAAAUUGUAAUUGGCUCAAAUUUUACGAUACUCUAUGAUUUUGUCUUUGAGGAAUGGAUGAUGAAUUAUUAAAAUGAUAAUGAUGACAUUGAUCUCUGUAAAAUAUGUGUAAUUGCACAAUUGACUGCAAGCCGGUGAACUGUAAUCAGUAUGUGAAAUUAAUAUUAAAGUAUAGUAAAAUUUAAGCAUUUUUUAUGAUUCUACUGCUAUUAAUUUCAACAAUAAAGUUGAAUAAAUUGUUUUGAAAUUUUAAAUUUAAAAUGUUUCUAAAAUGCAAAGCGACUUGUAUUCUAUUAGAUUUAAUUUGUAUAAGUGUGUUUCUGUAAAAUUCUUGGAAAUUAUCCAUAUUUAUGAAUUACGUGUCUGUCUAUAAUUCUCAUUAUAAUAAUACCGAAGUAGAAUAUUUACUUUUACAUACAUAGUGCAUUAAUGAGUCUGUUGAAUUCAAAAUCGUGACCCAGUGAUCUACUACCCGAUUCAUAAGACACCAAUUGUCGUCAGUUCGAAUCUGGUCGACACAAAAAACUUGUUUAAAAUUCCAAAUAACUUGCCGGCAGUGCUAAACGCCGUUAAUAAACCUUAUUUCCUUAGUGACAGCUAUGUGUUCGCCGACUGGAAAGUUGUAUCUAAUAUUCUCGGCGAAACCUGGAUACAUUCAGUGUCACUAUUAUCAAUUCAAUAUAGCCGACUGAUACUUAUGAACAAUCCAUCUAUAUCAUAUAAUGAAAUAAUACAGCUGUGAUCAUAUAUUUUUGUAUUGACCAUCUCUGCCUCAUUUAGUUGCAUACUAAUCGUGCUCUAUAAUAUGCUAUUUUUAUGUGUCUAUACUACUAUUAUGUCCUUAAAAUAUUGCAACUCCUGGAAAAGUAUAGGUUAAAUGAUUGUGAAAGUAUACGAUGUUCCUAAAAGUUUAACUACGACAACAUGCAAAGGAUUACUUACUAUACAAAGAUAUAGUCAAAACUUUUAUUUUGUAUAUGUAACUCCUAAUUUCUGUAAUCACUUCUAUCUUAUUAUCCUGUGCAUCUAUCUAUUUUAUUAAUGUUUUAUCAACAGAAUUGACACUUAUGUUUCUACUUGCUUAUAUAAAAAACUUUGAAUCCAUAAUCAAAUUAUAUACACCUAUAGAAUAUUAAUUAAUGUAAUCAAUUUCUUAAAACUAGUGUUAGUAUUUUUUUCCUAGAAAAACUAUAUUACCAAAAACUUAAAAGAAAUAAAAUUCUCGAAAAAAAAAGAACACCUGUGUCUAGACCAACAGCACUACAUAUAGAAUAAAAAGUAUAUGUAUUAUUAUGCAGUGCCAUUGGUAGUGAUUAUCAUUAAAAAAGCGGAAAACAUGACAGAUAUUACCUUCUAUAUGAGAUUAUGAUGAGCGAAGUUACUGGUAAGAGAAGGAUCAGUCGCAGGUUUGCUCCGCAACAUCUGGGAGUAAAUGAGCAUUGCGUAUGAAUUUCAGCCGAAGAGCCACCAGCCACCUCGAGAGUAGGACAGACUCCAUGAGCUAAUAGUUCCUUCGCUAGUUGAAGAGACACUAAAAGAAGAUUAAUCAAAGAAUACUAACACUAGUUUUAAGAAGUGGUUUUCGUUAAUAAAUUACUGUAUUUUCCAAUUUGUAGUUAAUGUUGCAUUCGAAAUUAAGUCACGUAAAAAUGUGUACAGCUAUCUACAUUUAUUUGUCUGGUAAUUACAAAUUUAAUGGAUGUACGAUUGAUUUCGAUUCUCUAAAAGAAUGUUUUGAAUUCAUGACUUUUAAUUAUUCAUUAUUCAUGUUAUUAUGUUUGAUGACCAAUCGAUAUUUAAGAUGUUACUUACACAGUAUUAUAUAAUUAUUGUAAUUUGGUAAUGGUUUGUAAUGAUUUACAAUAUUAGAAAUUUAAAAAUAAUUUGAAUAUAAUGAUAAUGUAUGCAAUUACCUACCUACUUAAUUGCAAAUUACUUUCAAUAUGUCAUCGGCGUGACAAUGCCUUUGUAUGUUAACGUAGUAAUAUUUAGAAAACGGUUCCUAAUUUAUGUAACUUAGUAAACGGAGUUAACAGUAUGUAUUCCAGACUAUAUAACAAUAGGUAUGGGUCAGUAGGAGUGUAUGUCACAGGUUGUCGACCUAUAUUUUUUGCUAUGUACCUACACAGUAAUUUGUUUUUCAAUAAAGUUUUAUAUUUGUGAAA